UACCUGGCUGAGACCAUUUCGGAGGUUGAAGAGACCCGUCCCACACUCUCUCUCUCCCAGACAGUCACAGGAAUCCCUGACGAUCACACACACAAAGGAGAGAGCCAAAAGGACAUCCUCUUGACACAUCUGUGAUUUUCCUCGGCUCUUUUGUCAACUUCUACAGAGAAUGAGGAUUGUUGACCAACGGAGACUUCUCCUCACUGUGGCAACCUGCCUGUUGCUCCUAGCAACCAUCUGCCCCACCUCAGAGGCUCGCCGUGGUGGGGGCUUCGGUCGUAGUGGGGGCUUCGGUGGGGGGUGGGGCGGUAGUAGCCGUGGGGGUUACCCUCGUCAAGGUGGAGGCACAGGAUACCGACCAAUGCCUGCCCAGAGUGGACAGGCAUACCGACCAAUGCCUGCCCAGAGUGGCGGCUCCAGUGCGGGGAAGAUGGCAGGGGCUGCUGCUGCUGGUGCCGUGGGGGGAGCAAUGCUGGGCAGUGCGUUGAGUCGUCCUGGCUACGGAGGGGGAUAUGGGGGUUAUGGAGGAGGUUAUGGAGGUGGUUAUGGAGGCUAUGGAGGAGGCUAUGGGGGGUACCCCAGAGCUGGAGGGUAUGGCCCCAGGCCUGGUGGCUAUGAAGGUCCAGAGGGCUCUGGGGAUAUGGGGUACUACUAUGGAGCAUCCAGUGGGCCCAUCUAUAACAGCAUCAUCGUCAUCAUCGGGUCACUAAUGUCAUUGGUGAUGGGGCACUGGGUGGGAGUGAUGUAGAGAUGGAGUGAAGAUUUGGAUGGAGUCACGACUAAAGCUCUCCAGACCAAGACCAUAUGUAUAUAAAGGAUCUUGAGACCCAAACCAAAACUAGGCUCUGACCAAGAUCCAGAUCAAGACCUUGGGCAUUGAGUAGCAAACCAUGACCUCGUUGACAAUUAGAUCACAGUUCCAUCUGUUCUGACUCACAGGUGUCGUGGGGCAAAUACACUUCCGAUAUAGAUCCCUGAUGCAGAAAGACUCUGAUGUGGAUUCUUUGUCAACUGAUUGCACACAAAAAAAUGUACUUUUUCUUUUCUUUUCAUGAGACAUUACAUAACAUCAAAUAUCUGGUGUGUGAUAGAUGACCUUCCGGUCAAGCACUUACUACCUCCAUGAAGCAGUAGUACAUGAUUUACUUCUAUUUACCAUGGUUGUUAUCAACAGUUUAAUAUUGCCAUGCUGCAGUAACAGUUUACUUGAAAGACUCACGCUAUAACUCAUGUUUCACUGAUUUCAACCCUUGGUAGAAUACUGGCAGCUUUUGGAUGUGGAUUUGUAAAUGCUGUAUAUUGUUCUAAUUCAAUUAAUUAUAUUUUGUGUCCAUUACUUUUCUUACUUUAUUGAAAAGGAUGUGAUUCUGGGUGAGUGGAGUGUAUUAACACCAUUAUGAACCAGGUGGUUCGAGCCCUGAAUGCUGAUUGGCUGAAAGCUGUGGUAUAUCAUACCACAGGUAUGACAAAAAAAAUGUUUUUAUUGGUCUAAUUACGUUGGUAACCAGUUUAUAAUAGCAAUAAGGCACCUCGGGGGGGUUUGGAAUAUGGCCAAUAUACCAAAGGGCUGUAUUCAGGCACUCCAAAACUGCCCUUAGCCGUGGUAUAUUGGUCGUAUAACGUAACCUUUUCGUGCCUUGUUGCUUAAGUAUAAUACACAAUAACUAGUUCCAUGUUCUGUAUUGGUGUCAUUUGAUGAAUCUGAUGUAGUUUUCCUUUCGGGUUACUCCAAUAAAAGCAUGGGAGACAGA